AUGUCCUUCGCCCGUUUCGGUCUCCGUACUUUGCGAUCCCUUCCCCAAUCCCAGGUCGCCCGCUCAACAAACCUCAUCUCUCAGAGCCGGCUGCUUUCCACAGAAGCCAGGAAGCUUAUCGAUGACGCUGUUCACUCCAACCCCCUCGUCCUUUUCAUGAAGGGCUCCCCUGAAGCUCCCCAAUGUGGCUUCUCAAGAGCUGUUUGUCAGAUUCUCGAUGUCCAGGGUGUCCCCAGAGAGAACAUCAAGAGCUACAACUGUCUUGAAGACCAAGAGCUUCGUGAGGGUAUCAAGGAGUACAGCGAAUGGCCCACUAUUCCUCAAGUCUAUGUGAAGGGAGAGUUCGUCGGUGGUUGUGACAUUCUUCUCUCCAUGCACCAAAGCGGCGAGCUUGAGGAGCUGUUGAUCAAGGAGGGCCUCGCUCCUCCCAUUCCCGAGGGUCCCGAGUCCAACGCUUGA